GUACUUAACAAUAUUAAAGCGCGGGUAACGUCUAUCGUAUUAGAGCGUCUCCGAGCAUUAUAUCUCUUUCAUUUUUUUCUUAUGUUAUAUCGUUUUUUAAUUGAUUAAAAUAGAAAAUAUUUCAUUUUAAACAAUAUGUUUGAAGCACGUUUAGUACAAAGUGCUAUCUUGAAGAAAGUUUUGGACGCUGUUAAGGAUCUUCUAACCGAAGCAACCUUUGAAUGUUCUGAUUCUGGAAUUCAAGUACAAGCUAUGGACAAUGCUCACGUUUCUUUGGUUUCUCUUAAUCUCAGAAGUGACGGUUUCGAUAAAUACAGAUGCGAUAGAAACUUGUCUAUGGGAAUGAGCAUUGCAACGAUGUCGAAGAUAUUACGAUGUGCUGGUACAGAAGAUACUGUAACGUUAAGAGCUUGGGAUAAUCCAGAGAUCAUUGUCUUUAUAUUCGAAUCACCAAACAAAGAAAAACUUGCAGAAUAUGAGAUGAAACUUAUAAAUAUGGACCAAGAACAUCUUGGUAUUCCUGAAACCAAUUACUCUUGCGUGGUUAAGAUGCCUUCUCAAGAAUUUGCUCGUAUAUGUAGAGAUUUAAGUCAAUUUGGAGAAUCAAUAACAUUUGCAUGUUCCAAAGAAGGUAUAAAAUUUACAGCAUCUGGGGAUCAUGGAACAGCUAAUGUUAAACUCGCACAAACUGCAGAGGCAGAUAAAGAAGAAGAAGCAGUAAUCGUUAACAUGCAAGAGCCGGUCAAGUUAACAUUUUCUUGUCGUUAUUUGAAUUGUUUCAUAAAGGCGAGUCCUCUAUGUGCACAAGUACAACUUUCGAUGUCCAGUGAUGUUCCAUUAGUAUGCGAGUAUAAGAUUGGAGAGAUUGGUCACAUUAGGUAUUACCUGGCACCCAAGAUCGACGAUGACGAUGAUAAUUAGGAAAAAGUGUCUAUUAAAUUUGUACAUGCUGUAAUUAUCACAAUGGUAAUAUUUUCAUACGUUUGAUAUUUGUUUUUCCAAUUCUGACAUGAUACCUAUCGUCAUUGUAUUUAUUUCACUGCAAAAUGUGAUAUUGUUUCGAUAUUUUACUUAAUCCAAAGUUAUUACACAUAUUUUGAUAAUAAAAAAGUGAAGUGUAUCCUAUAAUAUUGAGGUACAAUUAAGGCAAAGUUAAAAAUACUUUGAAGAUAGUAUAUUAUUUAAAUUUUACAUUUAAAAGUCAUUUGGCUUGUCACAGUGUUAGCGCAAUGUUGAAUUGACACUAAAGUUCAUAGUAGAGUGACACAAUCAUGAUUAACAAGAUAAAAUGGUGUCAUUCUUCAGGUUCAUAUCAUUACUGUUUUGUAAACUGUGACCACUUUUGAUAAUGUCGCAUUUUAAUAUGUAAGAAGAACUCAAUAUAUUUCCAAAAUUUUUGAUAAAUUUUGAA